CCCGACCCGCGCAAUUCGAUUGCUGAGGGGUUUUGUUUUUGAACUGUCAAGAUGUGGUCCGAGAGGCACCCAGCAGCCGUGGAAUUACAACGAUUUCUUAGCAGGAUAAGUGACGAUGUGAAAAAAGGAAACACUGUAGGCCCUUCUCCUUUCGAGGAUGACCUUCAAGUUCAAGCGUUCAGUGCUGGCCAAUGCAAAUCAUUAGAACAUUUCUGGAGCGGAACUGGAAUGUUUUUUGUCUUGGAGAAAAAACCUUUCAGAUUAGAAGACAAUGUGAUGGAUGAGUCCAAGAUGAACGACAGUCACACUUCUGAUGGGUCACUUCAAGAAAGUUCUCAGCCUAUGCCUGUUCCUACCAUGAGAGCAAGGCAGUUGCUUUCUAGCUACACAAUGGCACAAAAUCCCAACAUGGCCCAGUUGAGGGAUGGGAAGCCAGUGGAGAUUCUUCCUCCGUUAUGGGUGCGGUGCGACAGCUCAGAUGCCGAAGGAACAUGCUGGCUGGGAGCCGAGCCUAUUAAAGCCAACCGGAAUGAGAUCACGGGGAUGAGUUUCCGCAUGGUGACCUGUGCAGGCCCCACCACUGAUAAAACCUCCUUUCCUAACUUAGAGAUGCUCAGGAAAACCCACAGAGAGAGGCACCAUUCUUCAGCUAUGCAGACAAGGGGGUUUGCUCAAUAUGAUCUGUUUGGAACCAACGCAAUAGAAAACUCUGUUAUAGAAUCCCAAAGCAGUAUCAUGGUUGAUUUUGUCUGGAAUGGAGUGGACAGCAUCCUGCAGAUACCCCCACUGACAUCCGCAGCCACACUGAAUGUUAAAGUAGAAUCGGGUGACCUCCGGAGCCCUGUGUAUCCUGUAUAUAAAGAGUUGGACUUUCUGCUCGUGUUAGCAGAAGGUUUAAAGACGGGGGUAACAGAAUGGCCGGAGACAACCGAGGCCAAAUCAGCUGUAGAAUUAGUCCAGGAACUUCUAAAUGAGCUGAAAAAUAAACUGGAUGGGGUUAAUAAUUCAGCAUCCAAGAAAGAACCAGAAAAAGUUAAAAGCGACGCUGCAGCAGUGGACAGCUCCAUCCAGUCCUUUAUCGCAGAACGCGGGGAUCUGGACUUCGCAGAAAUGUUGUGGUGCAAGAUGAGAAAAAGUGUUUCUUCAUACCAGGAUGUGGUGAACUGUUUCUCGCUUGUCAUCCAGUCCCUGAAGCAUGGGGAGGCGCACCCCUGGAUCCAUCGUGGGAGUAGCAGCACAUUGAGCAAACUCAUUCAGCAGUCGUACACCGGAAACAUGCAGAAUAUCUCCCUUUCGGGACUAACACCCAUCAGGAUGCUGCUAGAGAUUGGCUUGGACAAAAUGAAGAAAGAUUACAUCAACUGCUUCAUAGGUCAGGACCUUGCUACUUUCAAUUACCUGGAUUACUUUAUUACCUCUGAAGUGGAUCUACAGGAGCAGGUUCAUAGGGUGAAAAAACUGCACCACAUGCUGGAGUUGGUUGUCAUAUGCAAUGCCUUCCUGAGCCUGGGACAUGAAAACCUCUUUCCACUCACACAGUCCUGUUUAAAGUACUACAAAGAAAACCCUUGGAACGAGCAACAUGUUUUUCAGCUUCCAAUUCGUCCAAGCAUCAUAAGCCACUUUUACCAGACAUCCCACCCUCAGAUCUGGAGAGUCGAGGUGCUCAGCGGACAUGGUCAGAAGGAACUGAAAACCAGCUGGCAACUCAGUUCCAGGCCUCCUGUAGAUCACGUUUUCUUUGACAUCCCAGAUGUGCCAAUAGACAUGACAAUGAGCGGGGAGAGCGAAGAGAUUUUGUAUUAUCGCACGCAGGUCAGCUGUAGCCAAGUGCACUUCCUCUGAGAGCAUCCUGCGCAGCACAUCUGUGUAGGAACAGAAGAACACUGUUGAAAUCCUGGCUAUGGGCGGACGUUGACCGUAUCUCUCGCUGCUCGGUUCUCUGUACCGCAACCAACGUUCUAGCUUUGUCUUCGGAGAAGAAUCAUCAGCAGCACUGCACUGAUGAGGAUGCAGAGCGUGCAGACAGUUGGGACCACAAUCUCCGUCACCAUUUCCAUGUGAGAUACCAGGGGGUCUAUAAUUAGGAGGAAAUAUAUGUAUGUUUAUUUGAUGAUUUUUCAUACGUCUUUCAUUUUGCCUUCAUGUAACAGGGUGCUCAGAUAUUUUCUAUUGGCAAAAUAACAGAUUAAAGUAGCCGAUGCUUAGAAUAAGAACAUUCCUUUUAUUGAUAUUGCAUAAAAAAAAAAAGGACAGCCCAACCUAUCCAUGAGUGCCUCCUAAAGUUUUUCAUAAUGUAUACUACAUUAUCAGCAUUUUUUCUGUUCUGUGACUUGACCAUCCUAAUUUCUUCUAGUUAGUAUGUAAACGUGUCCUCGCAUGCAUUAUAAAAAUGUAUGAUAGAGCUGAUGUUUGCAUUUAGGUGUAAGGGACUGAAACGCUGGCCAUAUUUGCCAGAGCAAUAAGAGCCUGUCCUUUUUAUCUCAUGUUGGGUUCUUUUCAAGAUAAUAUUGCUUGUAAAUCCAUGUGUAGGAUUAGACCGAGUAUUUUAAUCUAUGGACAUGUCUUUAAAAAGCAAUGUUAUCACAGAACAAAUUAUGAAGACUGUCCACACACAUUAUAUAAAUAUCUGUAAAUAACCAAAGACAGGCCACAGAGUCCUCGUUUACUUCUACUUUACCCUGCUGUCAAUAAAUCAGCAAUAUAUCAAGACAGAAUGUGUACAGGACAUUACCGUUCAUUGUUAACACUGUGUUACUAGGCAAUGCAUAUAUACAAAUAACAAAAUCAAAUGACAUUAACUGGGAGUAAACACAUUUAUGCUCUCUAGAAAACGUCUUACCAUGAAUAAGCCGCAGAAUAUUUGCAGCCGUAUUCCUCUGUUCUUCUGAUUUUUUUUUUAAAGAAGAAAACAGACAAAAAAGUGGGGGGUAUAUGAAAAUCGGAGGCAAUGGGAGAGAACCGAAAGUCCUGAGAUUUCUAAGACUAAAAACUUCAUGGAUACUCAACCCAACUCCUAAUGGCUAGCGAGCCCACAGGCAUUUAUAUCACAACAACCUAUCCCCAUCCUUUCCCACCAUAUCCCUUUUUCAUUCAUAGUUUAGAUUCUCUUAAACCGUGGCAUUGAUUUAUUCCUUCUCACCCAUUUUGCAUUGUGUACACUGUAAAUAAAAAGAAUAAUACAUAAUACCA